GAAUGCGGGAUUGUUGAAACGUACGACUGAAUCGCGCGAUUCUUUGUCAAUGCAUUAGAAUGGAGGAGAGAGAAUUUUAGAUAAAGCGGUAAUCCUCCUCUGGUUCUGCGGGGGUAUUUGCUCGCAUUAAAUUGGAUUGUUUGCUUUAGAGGCGACAUUGUGCACCUGCCAUGUACUUUAUGUAACAAUUUACUUUCGUUCAUGUAUAUGUAAUCUUGUGAUUACGUUUGCCAGGUAGUUACAAUGAUCUAAAAAUUCAGCUGAUCAUAAGGUCAAUGUUGAAAGCUCAUUUUUCCAUGCAAAAAAUGGUGGAGAAGAUUCCACUGCGGAAAGCCAUUAUUAGACUGGACUAUCCGGCUAUCAUAGCUUUUGGCAAUCCUCUGCUGGACAUCCUUGUGAUAUUGGAAAAUGACGAUUUGCUUAAGAAAUACAAUCUCAGAAUGGACAGCGAGACUGAGCUAUGCGAGACGAAGAUACAAGAGUUGAUAGCGGAUUUACCAUCAGAGCUGGAGCAAAGAGUCAGUCCUGGAGGAUCUGCUCAGAACACAAUGAGGAUUUUACAAUGGCUCUGCGAUGAUACUCACGAAUGUCAUAUUGGUACCUUUUGCGGUGGUGUUGGAAAUGAUCAAAGGGGUUCAGUAUUAGAGAAGCUAGUUCGACUAUCAGGAGUGGAUGUGAGAUACGCUGUACAUUCAAGCCUACCAACUGGAUUGUGCAUUUCGCUCGUAAACGGUGCAUCCCGCAGUCUCGUCGCGAAUCUCGGUGCAGCUAAUAUAUAUUCAUUGGACGAUUUCAAGAAAGUUAAUUUACGAUUCGACAAUGUAAAGAUAAUUUACAUCGAGGGAUAUUUUAUAACACAUAGCUUGGAGGUAGCCAAAGAGCUGGUUAAACGGGCGCAAGAAAAGAAUAUCAUUAUUGCGUUUAAUCUUAGCGGUCUUUAUAUAUUCAAGGAUCAUCAUCCGGCAAUUUGUGAAAUGGUCGGCCACGCCAAAAUUGUUUUCGGCAAUGCAAGGGAAAUGAUUGCGUUGGCGCAGGCGUUGAAUGUCAAGUACGAUGAUGUGACUGAUAUACCUUUCCUAUUAAACAGCCUAAAAAGGAUCACGGUGGACGUUUCCAGCGCAACUAGUAAGGACUGGUUGGCCGAUGAUGGUAUAUUUGUGAUGACGCGUGGUGGGUCCGCGCCGGCGAUCAUCGUGUGGGGCAAGGGACAAUCUGUUCAGGUAUCACCUAUUGUACCGAAGAUGCCUAUCGUAGACACUACAGGCGCCGGGGAUGCUCUAGUGGCUGGCUUCUUGGCCGGUGUUUUGGCUCACUGGGACCCGAAGAGCUGCUUGGAGUCGGGAUGCAGGGUCGCGUCUUACAUAACGACCCGCGUCGGCGUCACCUUACCGAGCAGCGUACCUGCCGAUCUGCUUCUUUAACGAUUUGAUUCGUUUAGGAUGAGUCGGCUAAAACGUUACCUGAUAACCCGUAAUCGCACGGUUACCUCAAAGUUUUAUUAGCGCGUUAUCGACCAUUAGACGAACGGUAAAUUAGCAUUCCUCGAUGUUACGUCCAUGUUCGAUUAAGAUAUAUUUAUUUAAAUGAAUAUAUUUAUGAUGCGCGCGCGCGCGUGGAUGACACGCGCACAUUAAAAAGCGAUGUAAUAUU